AUGCCAGUGCGAAAAUGGUAUGGAGCAUGCUACCAUAUCACGCCAGACGACCUGGUCAGCGGGGAUUCUUUCCUAGAGCCCCAAACCCUAGCUUGGCCGCUGGCUGGCGAGACUUGUCGGACUGGCCAUUCUUUGGUUCAAUUCCAAUCGAAAUCUACAAAGGACCCACUCGCGGGUCCCGGAUCUCGAAUCCCUAAUGCCCUCGUUCGUGCAAUCUUGACCUCGACCAGCGUCACUAUUGGAAGAGCGCAGGUCAAAGAUCACGAUACCAUCGAUUAAUGUGGAGUGGCUUUCCUGGCAAUCCGAGUCAGUUUGUCGGUGGAUGGCUUGAUGCGAGGAUAAAGACGUUUGUCAGAUCAUACUCCGUACAUGUCCCAGCGGGACGGGAACCGGGAAUGAAAUGCUACGAACUUUACACUACCAGCGAUGGCUUUUGCUGGCGCAACCUUUGGGUCAUAUCAAAUUGGAAUUAUAGGGACCAGCCCGAAGCCGGUUGAGGAACUAUCUACAGACUACCGGUAUAGCACACUCUGCCAAAUCACGGAACGCUCCUCUUUUUAGGUUCUGCUAGAAGAUUUAGUCUGGAUGAUCUGGCGGCCGCAAAAAUGAUUUCAAGGUAUUAGUAAGUAUUAUGACAUUUUCUUGUAGAUCUACGCAUACGCAGCUGCCGGUAUUGAGUAUGACAAUGCUAUUCUAUCUAUUGUUCCGAAAGGUUCAAACAAAGUCCAUAGUUCAACGAUUCGAAGCCUCAGAUACUCGUACCUAAUUAAUUAAUCAUUAUUUACGAACUAGGAUUGAUUACAUUCCGAGGUCACUGAGAUCUUUCAAUUUCAUUUCCAAAGAGAAAGAGCACACCGAUACGGCACUAUUAUUCUAAUGAUGGCUGGGAAAGAAUGGCCGAAGAAGAACUGGAACUGAUUCCAAAACCCCGGAUUUUUGC